CAGGUCCCGGCGCUCCCCGCGGCGGGACGGGAUGGGGCGGGCCCGGCGGGGCGGAAGCGGCGGCGGCGGCGCGGAGCGGCGGGGGACCCGGCGCGGCCACUGGCAGCGGUGGCACCAUGCAGCAGGAGGUGGAGGGCAGCCGGCCGCGCCGUCGGAAGCCUGACAUGGCCCUCUACGUGCCCAAAGCACGGCGGGAGAGAGCGGUGCAAGUGGUGGGUGAUGUGCCAACCGGGCACCACCGGGAGCCCGAGAACCACUGCCUGGCACGGGACACUUGCCAGGGUAGCGGCGAGGGGCAGAGACGAAGCCCCCAUGCCAGGACACAGGCGGGCAGAGCAGCAAGGAGGGAGAGCAAGGUGCAUGCUGGCCUGAAGGAGCCACGGGCAGCCUCUGCAGGGCACUGCUGGAGGCCGGGAAGCAGCUGCUCUGUCACACCGGAGGCCCCGGGAGCAUCACCCAGCACGUGGGAGCUGUGCCCAGAUCUGGUCGUUGCCCAGCCCUGGGAUGGGCAGGACAAAGCAUCCCAUGGUGAAGGUCUCAGAGAGCUCAGCCACGGCCACCGCAUGAUGAGGACUGACCCUGACCCUCCAUCCCCAAUGAGCACCCAGCCUGGGGCUGUGGAGGCUACUCCUGAGCCCGAGGGCAACCCCGCUAGCCCAAUGCCAGCGUGUCAGGCAGGGUCGAGUGGCGUGUCGGAGCAUUUGGGGGACAGCACACCAGAUCCAGCUGGGGACCUGUCCCAGAGCCCAGGAGAGGGUGUCCUGCAGCUGGCAGGGGUGGGCAGCCAGGGCAGUGUGGCCAGGCUGGCGUGUGAGGCUAUGGGUCCGAAAGCCCAGGAGGAGGAGAAGGAGUGGGGAGGGUGUCUGCUGGCAGGGCAGGGUGAGGGCUGUGCCGCUGGGGUGCCAGAGGAGGAGGUGGAGAGGUGGGGAGGCAUGGCUGAGCUUGCCAGGGAGAGCACCUUGGGUGCAUCAGGAGCCAGCUGUGAACCCGGGUGCUCAAGGGGUGACACGGGCGAUACACUAGUGCUCCCAGGGGAGAGCACCCCAGGGCAGGUCACGGGCAGUCUGUCCCAGCUCCUGCUCAGCAAGGAGGAGAGCGCUGCUGGUGCCAGGCAUUCCGGUGGGGAGGGCAACCUGAUGCCUACUGCACAGGGAGCAGACGGCACCUCUGUCUGCACAGACUGCAGCGCUGGGGCAGAGAGCGGCCCGCUGGGUGCUGGCAAGGAGCCAGCGAGUGGCAUGUGGGAGGGAGCACCCCUGGAGAGCUGUGAGCCCCCCCCAUCCCUGGAGAGCCACGAGCCCCCACCAUCCCUGGAGCUGCUGUGCCACAGCGUAGAGGGCCUCUCACCUGCAGCCUGGGCUGAGGAGCCGUCUGGGGCAGGUGAGGACACAGGCUUGCUGCAGCAGCACCACUGCAGCCAGGAGUCCAAGGAGGAAGAGGAAGGUCUCCGUAGUGGCUCCCCAAAGGAAGGGCAGACCAGCGCCAGUGCUGGAACCCUGUGCCAGGCCAGCCCAGGUGCCGAGGAGAGCUGGGACGUGCUGUUUAACGAUGAUGGGGACUGCCUGGACCCACGCCUGCUGGAGGAGCUCUCAGGGGGUGAGAAGCGCCGGGAGAGCCAGCAGUCACCCCGCUUCAACUACUACGGGGCUGAACCCACCGUACCAGAUCUCAGCGAUGCGGAGCUGCCCCAUGUCAUCGAGAUCUAUGAUUUCCCCUCGGAUUUCCGCACUGAAGACCUGCUGCGUGUCUUCUGCAGCUAUCAGAAAAAAGGCUUUGAUAUUAAGUGGGUGGACGAUACGCAUGCCCUGGGCAUCUUCUCCAGCCCCGUAACAGCACGUGAUGCUCUCAGCACCAAGCACCUGAUGGUGAAGACGCGCCCACUCUCCCAUGGCACCCGCGCCUCUAAAGCCAAAGCCAGGGCGUAUGCAGACUACCUGCAGCCGGCAAAGGAGCGCCCUGAAACAUCGGCUGCCCUGGCCAGGCGGCUGGUGAUCGGUGCCCUGGGGGUACGCAGCAACCAGACGCCAGCUCAGCGAGAUGCUGAGCGGAGGAAGCUGCAAGAAGCCCAGGAGAGGAAGCGCCUGGAGAACAAGCAGCGGGAGGAUGCCUGGGAGGGCCGGGACUGAGCUGGGAGGCUGCACAUUCAGUUCCACUAGAAACCCCGCUGGGGUGUCUGGGCCCCUCUCUGCGGGCAGGCAGAGCAUCCUGCAUCUCGAGAGCUGGGAUAGAUACUGCACCGUAUCCAAAAGCACCAGGAUGCUCCACUGAAAGGGCUAAGCAGGACAGGUGCAGGCUGGUUGGUGCCAUGCAGAUGCUGUCACUGUCAGGCAGCGCUGCCCAUCCUGCCCCGGGCAGGACCCCCGGUGCUGCCUGCUGCAGUGGAAGCAGCAGCAGGACGCGGGGAGCUCAGCAGCAAAGCUGCAGGGCUGUGCGGGGCAGCCCUGGCCACCUGGCAGGGCCUUGUGAGCAAGAGUUUCUGUCCUAUAUUUUGCUAAUAAAUACCAUUUAUUUUA